AUGCAGCAACAACAACACCAACAGCAAAAUCGACCUCCACCGAAUGAUUGGCAAAGUCAGCAAAGUGAUGAUCAACCUGCAACAGGAUAUUAUUCAAACGAUGACUAUAUAAUAUGGGCAUCGUCACAACCACAACCACCACCACAAUUACAACCACAACCACAGUCACAACAACCGAACAAUCCUUUCCCAUAUCCGAAUGACCUUUCACAUCAAUUAGCUCUUCAAGAACGCGGAAUGGUUCCUGGGUUUCCUAAUAGCUCGAGUGAAUAUGAUUCAGUGUCACCUGAAGAUGUCGAAGCAGAAGUCGAAGGUUCAGGUUCCAGUAUGUUCAGAACGUUAAACGAUCCUGCGUCAACCUCCUCUUCCGGAGAGUUCAAUAGAUCAGCAUCAGCAGCAGACAUCCCUUCACAGUCCUUUUCUGGAUCCUUCUCUGGACCCUCUGGAAUACCAUCUUCCGAUCAUAUCGCUCCAUCUGGGACAUCGCUCCGGCGCGGAAUGGCUUGUAAAUUCUGUCGGAGGAGGAAACUGCGGUGCUCAGGAGAAAGACCUUUAUGUUCUAGUUGUGUGAAAUACAAACAGGAAUGCGAGUAUCAGCCCCCGGUGAAGGUACAAAGAGUCCAAGGAUCAGAGCUGCAUACAGCUGAAUUAUCAGAUUACAUUCAACAAGGCGGUAUCGUAAAUCCAACGCCCGCUUUCAGUUCUCAACCACUAGCAUAUGACGAGAACGAGCUAGUACCGCUAUACACCGAUACCUUCAAUGAUGGCAAUCCCCAUACUCAAUAUCAGUACAUAGACUACCCCCUUCCACCGUUAGUAGGAGAUGAAACGACGUUCACUCAAACUGUUCCAACCAAUGAUUCAAACUUUCACACCUAUGUUCCUGCACUCCCUCAAGCUACUUUUCAAACUACCUAUCCAAAUCAAACUGAUUUUCAAUAUACGUACCCUUCGUAUCCUGAGAGCAGUCAGGCAGUUGAAUUGUCAAAUAAUCCUUCCCCUACAAGGCAUUCAAUAAGUCUUCCCACUCAGCCGACACAAAGUCAGUUCAGUCAAGGGUUCGAUCCAAGUGUCUUAUCAUCGUCAUCCCACCCGGGCAAUGGAUUCGAUAAUUCGCUUCAGGAUGACAACAUCAUACCCAAUUAUUCGUUCCCUAACGAUCCCACCGCACAAUCACAAUCACAGCAUACACAACCACUAGGUUUGGUCCCUUCUCGAAAUCCACUACCAAGCAACACAAUGACGCCUUCAUUAGCUCAUCAACCUUCUGAUUCCUCGUCGUCCCAGGCCACUCAAAUCAUAAAUACACCGAGCGGAAGCGUUAGCACGCCUGGAUCUAUACAUGCUCCACCAGGAUCACAAUCUAUGUAUGCGGAAGUUGCGUCUCUUAGAUAUACCGCCGAGAUAGGCGAGAUCGAUCCGGUAGAGAAAUUGACAGAGAGAUUGGGAGAAUUUUUAUUCAGUCCAAAGGAAACAUCGGAACAGGAUCCGACGGUGCAAAAGGAAGAUCUUCCUUCAACGUCUGCUAAGAAGCGGAGAACAGUAAAGACACAGAGUGGUCAAUGGACGAAUGAGAACAAACCUAGACCGGAUGAGUUAGCCAGAACUUCAGUCUUCAGAAGUAGGAUCGAAUCAGAUGGGUUGAGAGACGAACAUAGGAAUUUACUACUGGACUGCUUCCUAGCUCAUUGUCGACUAUUCUUCGAAAUGAGCAUCCCCCGAUUCAGAUACAGAAUGACAUUCAAUGAUCGUAGAAAACCGAGUUUGGCUUUACUGAAUGGAAUGUAUCUCUGGGCAACUAGGAUGUCAGCUUCACCUAAUCUUUCAGCUAUGGAAGCCCAUUUUUUCUCCGAAGCUUGCAGGCAUCUCGACUCCGCUGGACCAAACAGUGAUCGAUUGAUUGAUGCUGUGAGAGCAGCAAUGCUGUUAUGUGCUUAUGCAUACACCAACGGAAGGCAUCAUGAGGGAUGGCUUAUUGCGGGUCUGGCAGUCCGUCUGGUCACCUCCACUGGUCUUCACCAAAUAUCCUCUCUUACGUUCCGAAAGCCGCCAAAGGACAAUCCAUUUUUGAGGAACAGGAUACAUCUGCUACCACCUCCAGAAGAUGCGAUCGAAUUGGCCGAGAGGGUUCAUGCGUUUUGGUGCGUGUAUGCCAUCGAAAAAUGCGGCGCUUUAGCUACAGGUUUUCCUUCGUCUUUGAGAGAUGAAGAAAUUUCUACCCCCUUUGGUAGGCCACUGGAUGAGAUCGCUUCGCAAGCUGUCACAUCGCAGGAUGAUCUAACUAUUAGGGAUUUAUACAGAGGUAAUGCUCAUCCUCGUCCUGAUGGAGAUUCUCCAUACAUACGAUGGAUCAAAGCUGUGACGAUCCUUGAAAGAGCCUCAAAACUAACGUUCCUCCAUCCGACUGAUGAUUCCGAAUACAAUCAAGCUUGGAGUUCAUAUGGAAAAGCUCUUCUUGCGUCUCCUUCAUCUUCACCUUUACCGCCUCCAGCAUGGUUAAAUCAGCCCAAAUAUAAAAAUCCGAAAGAUUACGAUGAAUGUGCAGAAGCACUGAAGCAAUACGUCAGCUCUCUAGGUAUAGAUGGCAUCAAUCCUGUCGAAAGAAGGAGGAUGGCGGAACAAGAAGGUUCUGAACUUCCUCAAAUCAAAAGUCAUAGUAUCUUACUUCAUCAUCAAGUGUUCGCAAUCGAAAUGUUGAUGCAUGACAUCAAUUCUACGGAUGUCGGCAACGAUAUAGCUGUUGCAGCAGGAAGAAGAUCUGCUGAAUUGAUCAAAGCCUUGCCGUCAAUUCCACCACAGGAAGUUGAUGCUCACGUGAUUUUGGUUUGGUGCAUGAUCGCCAAAACAUUGAUCAAGGAAUUGAGAAGAACGACCAUAGUUGGGGACUUUUCUGCUUCGCGAGUGGUGGAAGAAGAUAUAGAUGUUCUAAUUGCAGAAAUGCGUAGGAUAUCAAGUACCAUGCAUAUCGCCCGAGUACAAAGUCUAGCGAUGGAAGAACUCAAGAAAGCUGCACUAGCUUCCUAG